AUGUACCAGGGCCCAUAUAUAAUUCGUUGGUUUGUCAGUGCUAAUACGACGUCGUGCUUGUUUUUGUUGUGCCUCUCUCUGCUAAAUUCUUCUUCUUCCUCCUCUCCUCUGUCUCCGCCACGAAGCAGAGCUCAACCAACAAUGGCGUCGAUUCUCUCGAAGAAGCAGAAGACGAAAGAAAAAUACACCUUGAAAGAGCUCAAGUCGUUAGGUUGUGACCUACUCUCGUCUCGAGCUCACAUCAACAACCUUCCUCUCCUCCUCUCCUUCGUCUCGCCGGAUUCUCCGCCGCAGUUCGUGGUGGAAUCGCUCCUCUCCCUCCAGUCGUUUUUCACCCCUCUUCUCUCUCAGCUUCCCUCCACUUCUUCGCAUCCUUCUUCAACGAAACGCCCUCGUUCCGAAGAUGAUUCGCCAAAGACAAAUACAGCUGUAGCCGAUGACCCUGAAGAUAUCUUCAAAGCUUGGCUAAGAUCGAAAUUCGACGAGUUCGUGAAGCUUCUUCUCGAUGUUCUUGUCUCUGAACAGUCCGAAGAUACUCUAAGGGAUAUUGUUUUGGGCACAUUAAUGGAGUUUGUAAAGCUUCUGAAUGCCGGAAGAUUUCACUCUUCCAUCUACCACAGAGUACUUAAUGCUAUUAUUCACUCUGCAGUUGAUAUCGAUGUGUUCUUGGAUAUACUUACCUCAAAGUACUUCAAGUACAUUGAUGUCCGCUAUUUCACAUACAUCAGCAUGGAGAAGUUUGUGAAAACACUGGAAGCAUCAUCUGUCGUGUCUGCGGAUAGAACAGUGGUCGAAAACAGUGAGGCCGAGAAUGAUUUGAAAGAAAGCCUAGAGCUCUCUGUUCGCAAGAUCUAUCAAGUCUUAUCUCGAGUUCCACCUCCAGAAACUCCCGGGAAACAAGCUGAAAACUCCAAACACGAGAUGUGGAGUGGUUCAGAUGGAAGCAGCAGCGAGAAACCGACAGAUAAAAAGAAGAAGAAGAACAAGGAUCAAGACAGCAAUCUUCUUUCUCCGACUACAAUUGCCAAAAGGAUGAAGUUGAAGUUCACUAAAGCAUGGAUCUCAUUUCUCAGACUGCCACUUCCUCUUGACGUCUACAAGGAGGUUCUUGCUAGUAUCGACAAGACAGUUAUCCCCCAUCUAUCUAAUCCUGCAAUCGACUUCUUAACAAAAUCAUACGAUAUCGGAGGAGUUGUCAGUGUGAUGGCUCUAAGCAGUCUCUUCAUCCUCAUGACCAAACAUGGUUUGGAAUAUCCCAACUUUUACGUAAAACUCUACGCGUUACUGGUUCCUUCGGUCUUUGUGGCGAAGCACCGAUCAAGAUUUCUUCAGCUUCUUGAUGCUUGCCUGAAGUCAGCACUGCUUCCAGCAUAUCUGGCAGCUGCUUUCGCAAAGAAACUAAGCAGGUUGUCACUUUCGGUUCCUCCCUCGGGAUCGUUGGUCAUUACGGCUUUGAUCAACAACCUUAUGCGAAGACAUCCUACAAUCAACCAUCUUGUGCACCAGGAACCCGUUGAUAACGACGAUGAAGCCAAUCCAAAGACCUCCAAAAAGCUUGGUAUUGACUCUUUCAACAAUCAGGAGAGUGAUCUCAAGAAAACUGGUGCCAUGAGAAGUUCCCUUUGGGAGAUUGACACAUUGCGCCACCAUUACUGUCCACCAGUUUCAAGGUUUGUUUCAUCACUAGAAACUGAUCUAACCAUUAGAGCAAAAACAACUGAGAUGAAAAUUGAAGAUUUCAGCUCUGGUUCAUAUGCCACCAUAUUUGGGGACGAGAUUCGGAGAAGAGUAAAACAAGUUCCAUUAGCGUUCUACAAAGUGGUUCCAACAUCUCUGUUUGAGGAUUCAGAUUUUCCUGGGUGGACAUUCACCGUUCCUCAAGAGGAGGAGGGCAAAUGCUGAUAUCAAAGAGUAGCCAACUCAUGAAGUAGAGACACUGAAGCUAUUGGAAGAUAUGUGAUACGAAAUUUUGUAUUUUGGAUCCAUGAGGAUAUACAGUUUGGGAUUUUGAUUCUGAUUGUGUCGGUAGGUGUGUUAAACCUGGCUAUAUUUGCUUUAAAGUUUUAAGUUUAAAUUGGUGCAUUAUAUAAAGAAGGGAAGAUAUUAAACUUUAUCCUCUUUAAGGCAAAAGAGGAUCUUUUGUUCAGUAA